AUGUUCAACGACGGCUGGUGGCUGAAGCAUCGAGCUCCUGGUGUCUCUCGCGAUGAACAACAGCGCCGGGACAGACUCAGCAACAAGCUAUAUCAUGACGGCGGCAAGAUUGGAGAGGGUCAAGAUGAAGACGACAUUGUUUCUAUCUCUACAUUUUCGAUCUCUACCAAGUGUUGGCUAGCAAUCCGCCAGAACGUCACCAUGGCUGCCGAGGAAGUUCCAUUGCAGAAUAGCGAGCUAUUCGAUGUCAGUGACUGCGUUGCAGUUGUUACUGGAGGUGGAACAGGGAUGGGCCUGAUGAUGGCAAAGGCACUCGAGGCCAACGGAGCAAAGGUCUACAUUCUGGGUCGACGGCUGGCAGUCCUCGAGGCCGCCGCGAAGCAAGCAACAUACGGAAACAUUUACCCCUUACAAUGUGAUAUCACCUCCAAGGAUGACCUCGAGACGGCAGUGGAACGCAUUGCCAGCGAGGACGGCUUCGUCAACUUGGUGGUUAACAACGCCGGAAUCUCAACACCGAACCUAGGCCCCCAGCGGACGCGACCAAAUGCCAAAUGGAGCAUCACAGACCUGCGGAACUACUGGUUCAGCAAGCCGUCAUUCGAGGACUACGCCAGAGUCCUUGAAGCCAACACCACGGCGCCCCUGAUGGUGACCUUUGCAUUCCUCGAGCUGCUAGACCGGGGCAACCGUGUGCGCGCAGAGCAGGCAAAGGCAAACGGCGGCCGAUCAGACUACGUGCGGAGCCAGGUCAUCAUGGUCAGCAGCGUUGGUGGCUUUGGUCGCGAUAACUCGGCCUUCAUCUACGGCGCCAGCAAGGCCGGGACAACGCAGAUGACCAAGAAUCUGUCGACAUAUCUCACGCCAUGGAAGAUCCGAGCGAAUGUCCUGGCACCAGGAUAUUUCCACACGGAGAUGACCCAAGACUUCUACAAGAGUACGGGGGGUCGGUUACCGGCUACCAUGACCCCUGAAGAGCGCUUUGGAGACAUGCAGGAGAUCAGUGGGACCCUCUUGUAUAUGGCCUCGAAGGCUGGUGCUUACUGUAACGGCUCAGUGAUGCUUUCUGAUGGAGGCUACCUUGCUAUCCAUCCCAGCGCUUAUUGA